AUGCCGAAGAUAAGAUUUAUAAAGCGGCUUUUCCUCCGCGGCAAAGGCUGGGUGAAGCAGCUCCUUGGUUUCUUAGCUUCUAAGCUUCUCGGCUCCUCGGCUCCUCGACCCCUCGGCUCCUCGACCCCUCGGCUCUUCAGUUCCUCGGCUCCUCGACCCCUCGGCUCCUCGACCCCUCGGCUCUUCAGUUCCUCGGCUCCUCGACCCCUCGGCUCUUCAGUUCCUCGGCUCCUUGGCCCCUCAGCUCUUCAGUCCCUCGGCUCCUCGACCCCUCGGCUCCUCGACCCCUCGGCUCCUCGACCCCUCGGCUCUUCAGUUCCUCGGCUCCUUGGCCCCUCAGCUCUUCAGUCCCUCGGCUCCUCGACCCCUCGGCUCCUCGACCCCUCGGCUCCUCGACCCCUCGGCUCUUCAGUUCCUCGGCUCCUUGGCCCCUCAGCUCUUCAGUCCCUCGGCUCCUCGACCCCUCGGCUCCUCGACCCCUCGGCUCCUCGACCCCUCGGCUCUUCAGUCCCUCGGCUCCUCGACCCCUCGGCUCCUCGACCCCUCGGCUCCUCGACCCCUCGGCUCCUUGGCCUCUUGUCUCCUAUCCCCUUUGCUCUUGUGUCCCUCCCGGAACAACUCCCCUCGAAGGCCCCUUUAAUAAAUCUUGGGGAGGUUCAGCUGCGUGACCUGCCUCAGAAAGACUCUCAUCAGACGGCCGGCAGCUGCGUGUAA